AUGUCGAAACGCUUCACUGGCAUCAUCAGCAUCGACCGCACCGAGAGCGACUCGAUGCAGAUCUACAAGAACAAGCAGUGGGCCAACUUCAUGCACAGCAAGACGCUGAAGGUCAUACUCGCCCUGAGCCUCGUCGGCUGGGUCGCCUACCUCCCGUACAUGUACUUGCGCAGCAGCGUGGUACGGGUGCGGUCCUUCUUCCGCGUAGACAUAGCCAUAG